AGGCACGUGUGCCCCAAUUUCGUAUCCGAUCUCACAGUUGGCUUGCUGGGCCAAUAACAGUUGACCAAUGGCUUUUGAGCUGGAGGUGUGUGUGGACUCUGUGGCGUCGGCACUAACCGCUGCCGAGUCUGGGGCUACGCGACUAGAGGUGUGUGCUGGCCUGGCUGUCGGAGGGCUCACUCCUAGCUUUGGUUUGUUCCAGACCAUCCGACAGCGAGUGCCCUUGCCGAUCAUGGUGCUGGUGCGGCCAAGGGCUGGCGACUUCUGCUACACGGACGAGGAAGUCGAGGCCAUGGUGACUGACAUCGCCCUCUUCCGCCAGAAUGGAGCACACGGCUUUGUCAUCGGGGCACUCACCAGGGAAGGCGAUGUCGACAUGCGCACAUGCCAGCGGCUGCUUGUUGCUGCUGGUCCCCAGGCGGAUACAACCUUCCACAGAGCAUUCGACGUGGCUAGGAAUCCCCAGACAGCCCUGGAGCAGGUGAUCGAGCUCGGGUUUCGGCGUCUGCUCACCAGCGGCCAAGCUGCAAGUGUGGAGCAUGGCUUGGAGCUGCUUGCUAGACUCGCCAGCCAGGCCAAGGGCAGGAUACAGCUGAUGCCAGGAGGAGGGGUCAGCGAAUCCAACCUAGCCCACCUACUUCACGCAACUGGAGUCCGAUCUGUUCAUGCCUCUGCAAGCGAGCCCGUGCCUGCCGCAACACAGUCUACCCUGUCGUUUGGAGAUCAGCGGGUUUGCAGCGCCGCUCGUGUGCGCUCCCUUCUGGCUAUCAUUUACGCACAGGGCCACCUGUAGACAAGCCGCACAAAGCCGUUGUGACCACCAAAGAGGUCGUCUUUCAAGGCUCGUGCGACGGUCGCAGGCGACCCGUGCGUGAUGCUUUCGAACACGGUUUCCUGCAGACUGCAGUCAUCGAGCCUGUGUGUAAUUGCGGGAAGCUUGUAUGGAUUUCUCGUGGUUCGUGAGGGCUUUUUAUCGAGACUAUAUUCUAAAAUCCCAUCUACUGACACAUUGCGAAAUGGGUUAAGUGUCCUAUUUCAUUAAAUGAGUUGAGAUACUGCGACUGUGGCACAAAACUGUCUUAAUUUAGAUUUGCAGGGUCUGAAUGAAAUGUCCAAAUUAUUUUAUGGACUAAGGGAAGGGCACAGUCUCACUGCGCCAUGAUGCCCUUACAGGACGAAUUUGUCUUGCUUGUUUGUCUCUUAUACUAAACCUGAACAAUCACAUUCAACCUACAAGUGCUCACAUAUCAGAAAUGCUUGCCUAAAGUGUGCUAUCGAAAUGCUACCGGAGUCUUGCAAUUUUCUUUGCGGCAUGACACGUAGAGUUGAUCGGCUUCUGAUCAAGUAUGGCUGCUAUCGAAAAGUUGAAAGACAGCUCACAGGUGUGCAGUCAUCCUAUAUUAAAAUGAAUUCCGCAGUGUAUGCUGCAUUGUAGGCCUUAUGUGGAGUACGAAAAAAAACCACAAAAAAUGCCAAUCCUGUGUGCAACGUGCAGCACAGUCACAGCAAAAGCUGGAAAAAAGUGAUCUCUCAAAGCCUUUUCUAAACACUCUUUGGGUAAAUGCUAGAAGUACACUUGCUGGGUACCCACUACACCAUAAAUAAUCAUAAUUUCUGUGCAGUAGGCCGGCAUUCACUAUAUGUUAUCGUUCUUCAUUCUUCGGAGAAGCAUGGUAUCCACUAAAUACUUGCAAUGAAUUUUGUGUUGCAUUCAGAGGCUGACGACGAUGAAUUACGGCUGAAGUGGGUAUGUGCCAGAGCUGAUAGGUGAUGAAGAACAAGAUCUUGUAAUGGGUUGGAUCACUGGACGACCACUCUUUACGCAAUUCGCAUUGUGUGACACAUGGUUGUUGAUUUGCUGUUCUUAGAACGCUUUAUUACUCAUAUCAACCUGAUUCCUUUCUUUGACAUCGAGCCUGCCUAAGGCAAGUUUGCAAAGGACUC